CCGCCUCCGCGCGGGCGAGCAGUCGGUCCGGGACUGAAUGGGCGCGAGCGCGGCGCCGGGGGCAGGCGGGCGCGCGGGGCCGGGGGCUGGCUGCGGGCCGGCGCCCCCUCCCUAGCAUGCGCACGAAGGCGGCCCGCGGCGCGAAGCGGCGGCCACUGCAGGCGCGAGCCGAGGCGGCGGCGGCGGAGGCGGAGGCGGAGGCGGCGGCGGCACCUGCCGGCCGAGCAAUGCCAAGCGAGUAUCACUGUGUGAAACCGAGAAGCGAUUGCUCAAGACCCUCCCUGCAAUGGUACACCCGAGCUCAGAACAAGAUGCGAAGACCCAACUUGUUGUUAAAAGACAUUUUCAAGUGUAUACUUCUCGUGUUCGGAGUGUGGAUCCUUUAUAUCCUCAAGUUAAAUUAUACUACUGAAGAAUGUGAUAUUAAAAAAGUGCAUUAUGUGGAUCCUGACCGCGUCAAGAGAGCUCAGAAAUACGCGCAGCAAGUCUUGCAGCAGGAGUGCCGGCCCCGGUUUGCCAGGACGUCCAUGGCGCGGCUGUUUGAGCACCGGUACAGCGUGGACUUGCCGCCCUUCGUGAAGAAGGGCCCGCGGGCGAACGAGGCCGAGUACAAGUACGACCCCCCUUUCGGGUUCCGGCAGUUCUCCGGGAAAGUGCAGAGCCUCCUGGAACUCUUGCCUGAGCACGAUCUUCCUGAACACUUGAAAGCAAAGAGUUGUCGGCGUUGCGUGGUCAUCGGAAGUGGCGGGAUACUCCACGGACUAGAGCUGGGCCCGGCCCUGAACCAGUUUGACGUGGUGAUAAGGUUAAACAGUGCACCUGUUGAGGGAUAUUCAGAGCAUGUUGGAAAUAAAACUACUAUAAGGAUGACUUAUCCAGAGGGUGCCCCACUGUCUGACUUCGAAUAUUAUUCCACUGACUUGUUUGUGGCUGUUUUAUUUAAGAGUGUUGACUUCAACUGGCUUCAGGCAAUGGUAAAGAACGAAACCCUGCCAUUUUGGGUACGACUCUUCUUUUGGAAGCAGGUGGCAGAAAAAAUCCCAUUACAGCCAAAACAUUUCAGGAUUUUGAAUCCAGUUAUUAUCAAAGAGACUGCCUUUGACAUCCUUCAGUAUUCAGAGCCGCAGUCCAGGUUCUGGGGCCGAGAUAAGAACGUCCCCACGAUCGGCGUCAUUGCCGUUGUCUUAGCCACACACCUGUGUGAUGAAGUCAGCUUGGCCGGCUUUGGCUAUGACCUCAGCCAGCCCAGAACGCCUUUGCAUUACUUCGACAAUCUCUGCAUGGCCGCCAUGAACUUCCAGACCAUGCACAACGUGACGACGGAGACCAGGCUGCUGCUGAAGCUGGUCAAGGAGGGCGUGGUCAAGGACCUCAGCGGGGGCAUCCACUGCGAGUUUUGAACACAGACAACCUCACCGGAAAUGCGCCUCGGACGCGGAGGGCCGCUUUUCUUGGCCCUCUUGGGGCAUUUCUCCUACAAAUACUUGGAGAUGCAGCUGGUGUUCUUAACUUUUAAUUUAAAAGACGAAAACCAGUUUCGCUCUUCCCACUCCUCUCCUUCCCCCUCCAUCCCCGCCCCCCCGUAUUUAUUUGAGGUUGGUGUUUUUGCACAAAAUUUUGUAAGUUAAUUUUGGGAAUUGAAUUGGAAAGACUUUUUGAAGAGAACUGGGUGUCAUGAUGUUUUACUAUAGUUUAAGAACGUUAUUUAAUUUGUAAGAACGCCGCCCAAGUGUAGUGCACACGGGAUACCAGGCAGUCCGUGGAAGGAGAGGGGAGUCAGCCUUUGAGGAGAGCCCUGCACACCUGGUUCUGGUUCUUGUUACCCCGACACCUGGGACGAGGUCAGAGGCCCUGUCAGGAGGACGUGCUCAGGAGCUAACCCUCUGGCCUGGGCGGCCAUGCUGCGGUGUGAGGCCUGGGCGGGUGGAGACGUUGACAGCCCCUCCGCUGGUCCGCCUCCCGCCAGGCGACCUGCGGGGAUCAGCAGGGGGGCAGUCUGCAGGUCCCGGUCAGGGAGAGUCACAGGACAUUUCCCGUGUCCUCGCGGCACUGCGCAUCGCCCUGGGCUGCAGAGGCCCCCGUCUUCCCUGCAAUUAGGACAACUUUGAAUUUCUUGAGAGUUUUUAACGGCCCUUCCAGAGCACGUCCAUGUCCACCCAAGGUGUUACGCUGUCCUUCCCAGGAGGCUUCCAAGAGUCAGGACAAAACCUCUGUUUCCCAGAGUCGUAAGAGAACAAGCCCUUUCCAAGAAUAACACGUUUUCUGAAACACUAAAAUGACAUUCUCCCAGUAUUAUAAAUUGCCUAUUUAAAAAAAAUUUUUUUUGAAUGCCUGCCCGGCAGUAUGUACCAGGCAGUGUGCUGGUCAGAAGGAAAAAGAAUAAAAGUUUUCGAGUUCUCACA